AUGGAUCAAGUUCUAAACACUACAUCGGGAGGAAAGGUGCAGACCAGUGGACUGUCCUCGCAGCGCCACACGCUGUCCCGAGCAGGACGGACCCCUCCUGACUGUCUGCCCAUGUCUCAACAGCAGAACUCUUUCCCCCGCAGCGGCUGUGUGGCGGUGAUGCGGCGGACCAUGGACACCAGGCCGGUCCGGAGGAGGCGCACCGGCGCCCUGCGGCAUCUGCUUCUGGCCGCUGCCUUCCUGGCGUGCAGCUCCCAACUGCUGGUGGUGGAUGCCAACUCAUGGUGGUCACUAGCUCUGACCCCCAUCCAGCGGCCCGAGAUGUACAUCAUCGGAGCGCAGCCUCUGUGCAGCCAGCUGUCCGGUCUCUCCCAGGGCCAGAGGAAGCUGUGCCAGCUGUACCAGGACCACAUGGUCCACAUCGGAGACGGAGCCAAGACCGGCAUCAAGGAGUGCCAGUUCCAGUUCAGACAGAGGAGGUGGAACUGCAGCACGGUGGACAACACGUCGGUGUUCGGACGCGUCAUGCAGAUCG